AUGCCAUCGACUAAAUCUUCAUUCGACAGCGAAGAGCACCUCGACGUGCUCGUCCUUGGGGCCGGCGUCGCCGGGGUGAAUGCCGCCUACCUCGUCCGAUCCCAGCUCCCAUCAGCCACCUUUGCCGUCCUCGAGGGGCGCGAUACCAUCGGUGGGACCUGGAAGUUCUGGAAGUACCCGGGCUUCCGCUGCGACUCGGCCAUGAGCAGCUACGCCUUCACUUGGUACCCCUGGAAGCACGAGCAACAGGUUGUACCCGGAGGGCGGAUCGGCGAGUACGUCGACGAGGCGGUAGAUGCUGUGGGGCUGAGGAAGGACAUAAGGCUGGGCCACAAGGUGAACGGUCUGGAUUGGCGGUCGGAUGAGGCGAGGUGGGCGGUCGAGGUGCAGGUCAAGGGGGAGGAGAAGCCAAAGAUCAUCACGGCGAGAUGGGUCAUCAGCUGCAUGGGGUACUAUACGUACGACAAGGCGUUGCCUGCCACCAUACCGGGAAUCGAUAACUUUGGCGGUGAGGUCAUCCAUCCUCAGUUCUGGCCGGAGGACGCUUCGUGCGAGGGCAAAAAGGUCAUCGUCGUCGGAUCGGGGUCCACCGCGAUGACCAUCUUCCCGGCCAUCGCGGACACCUGCUCGCAGGUCACCCUCCUCCAGCGGUCCCCCUCCUACGUCGCCAGUAUCCCCUCUCAGUCGCGCUUGUCGGUCCUCCACCGCUUCCUCCCCGCCCUCUUGGCCUCGCGCAUCAUCCGCUUCGUCGGGCUGCUUACCGAGUACCUCUUUGUCGCCUUCCUCCGGGGCUACCCCACUGCCGCCAAGAAGGCGCUCCGCAAGGGCGUCGUGGCCAGGCUCGGUGCGGACUACCCCGUGGACACCCACUUCAAACCCCGCUACAACCCAUGGCAGCAGCGUAUGAUUCUCAGCAAGGACGGCGAGCUGUUUGAUGCGCUGAGCAAGCCAAACACGGAGAUCGUCACGGACACCAUCCAAACCGUGGACAAGACGGGGGUCCUCACGUCCAGCGGUCGUCACCUUGACGCGGACAUGAUCAUCACUGCCACCGGGCUGUUCGUUGACCCCACCGGGAGCUCGCGCAUCUCCAUGGACGGCGUCCCCAAGUCCCUCAGCAACCGCUUUGCCAGGCGCGGGACGAUGCUGGAGGGUAUCCCCAACUUUGGCUUCAUCACCGGCUUCCUCGUCGGCUCGUACACCCCUGGCUGUAACGCCCUUACCCAGAACUUCCUCAAAAUCAUGAAGCACGCCGAGGACACGGGAGCUGUCACAGCGACGCCAGAGAUGCCGGCGGAGGAGAAGAAGGGGGUAGAGACAAAGAGCUUCAUGUCGAUGACGAGCACGUACUUUGUCGAGGCGCAGGAUAGGUUGCCGGUGGUCACGGGGAAGGGGGUCUGGCAUGGGAGGGAGAAUCUGUGGAAGGAUACCAAGGUCAACUGGUUUGGGAGCAUGACGGAAGGGAUGCGGUACGACAAGGCGGUAAAGGGUGCGAGCAGGAAGAAGGCCGAGUAG